UAAACACAAGGUAUUCUUUUUCUUAUUCAGUUUGUGUCUUGUUUUGAAUAAUUCAAAGUUUGCUUAAAAAUUCAAAGUUGCUUCAAUGUUUCAAAGUUUGGUCUGCUUCAAAAUUUGUUUAAAUUUCCGAAAGAAAAUUUAUUGAACAAUUAUUGGAAAAUAACCUGAUGGUAUUUCCACAUAACUAUUCACAGGUGUCAUAUAAUAACUGAAUGAAACCCUAACUGAAAGACCUGAGAUCGUCAAAAAUUUCAAGUUACUUUUUUUACAACUUCGCUGCUCAGAUUUGUUUUUGAUUAUGAGCAAAACACGGUUUUUAUUGCUGUUUCUAACUAUAAAUUUCAGCGUUAUCCUUUAUUUGGGAUCUGGGUCAAACUUUUUUUUAUUUAUUAUCAAACCGGCUGCAGAUAAAGGAAAUGUUGAUUCAAAUUAUUUUACUGACGAUGUAGUUAAAUCUGCUCUCCAAAAGUGGCAAAAAACUAACAAAAACGUUUGUGAUCUUUGUUUUGCAAUAAUUGAUAGCCAAACAGACACGCUUGCAGCUGCCAAAUUAUUUGUACAAGAUACUCCACAUAGAUUUAAUUUCAAUUUUCAAAAUGACAGUUUUGAAAAUAACAGUUUUUGCGAUAAUUAUCUCGAAAAUGAGGCAAGUGUACCUUUGAUUUCACAAUCAAAGCUCAAACCUGAGGAGGAUUUCCCGUUGGCGUUUGGUCUUAUGGUUUAUCAUAACUUUGAACAAAUAGAACAGUUGCUUCGAGUUAUAUAUCGGCCUCAAAACUAUUACUGUUUCCAUGUCGAUAAAUCGUCGGAUGAUGCUUUUAAAGAACAGAUGGCCAAACUAGUGGAGUGCUUCUCCGACCAUGUUUUCCUGGCUUCCAACCCAGAAUACGUCGUAUGGGGAGAACACACAGUUCUGACAUCAGAGUUCUCCUGCAUGGAAGAUCUGGUCAAGAGAGGAUAUUGGAAGUACUACAUCAACAUAACAGGCGAAGAAUUCCCAUUGCUUUUAAACAUGGAAUUGGUCUACAUUCUUAGCAAACUUCACGGAUCCAACUUGAUUUCAUGUAUCACUUUUACAAACAGUACUUGUCAGACGUACGCUGCGAGCUGA